UUAUUAAUAAAUUAACUCAUACCACGCCCAUUACAAUAUGGCUAACAGCAGCACUGUCGUGUUACAAGAAGAAUUGACCUGCUGUAUCUGUCACGACUACUUUAAUAAACCAAAGAGCCUUCCCUGUAUGCACACAUUCUGUGCAGAGUGUCUGGAGAAGGCCAUAUCUCUAGCCAUUAAGCCUCACCCUGAAGAUGAACAGCAAACGGCGUGUAAUCCGGCCCCUCCAUCUUCUCAGGUCUUGUGUCCUACCUGUCGUGAGCCGGCUCAGCUACCAGACGGUGGAGUCUCUAAACUAAAGACCAACUACGCCAUAGCUAAUCUGGUGGAAGCAAUAGUCCGCUACUGUCAAACAUGCACGGAGGGAGAAAUAGCUUGUAACCACUGCACGGAUUGUAAGGCCUACCUUUGUGAAUUUUGUUCAAAAUACCACACGCGCUCUGUCGAAUAUAAAGGACACACUCUGAUACCACAGCCCAUUACUGCUCCACCAACUCCUACCUCAUCACUUGCUUCAAUAAACCCGCAACCCUCUUUCGAGAUGUGUGAAGAACACAGUGAUCCGUUGAGAAUGUAUUGUUCCAAGUGCAUGGAGAUCAUCUGUACGAUAUGCCAAUCAAUAUCGCACGCAAAUUGCUCGGGUUGUAUAAAAUAUAUUAACAAGGAACUCAUUUCCAGCGAGAAAGAGUCCCUAAAAACUGACCUUGAGUCCCUGACUAGUAACAGUGGAGAUAUGGGUCAACACUGCGAAGGACUGGCAAAAAUUAUAAAAGAAAUUGAAGAAAAGAAGAAUGGGAUUUUAAAAAGAGUACAGAGAGCUAGUGCUACCUUUACAGAACGAGUAGAAAAGAGCACGUCUGACCUUGUGACUACAGUAACUUCUAUCUACGAUGAGAAAUCAUCUCCUCUUAAAGAUGAACUUAAAAGAUCUCAGACCAUCAGAGAGAGAGCUGAAGAAAUCAUCAAAGCAGAUCUAGAGCCUCUACAGUCAAUAAAAAAGUUAAUAGAAACAAAGAAAGAAGCUCAAAAGUUACUAGGAGACUGCAGCAAGGCUUUAGAAUACAAGAUCGACCCAGCUAUACCCCAUGUGGAAUUCCAAUCAUCAAAACUACUUAACGAUCCAGAUUUAAAUGUCGGCCAUUUAAAAGAGGACAUAGAAAGCUACGUAGCCAUUCAGCCGCCAUCGACCGUUCACCAAAAUGAACGACAGUCACUUAUACUGCAAGCAAUGGGUAAGAACGGGUCAAAUAUAACGUAUGGUGGUGCGGCCAUUCACCCUCAAAUCACUCACGCCCAUGAACCAUCUACCCUACUACCAUACGAGGUAGUCGAUAAAACCUGUGGAAAGUACGAGAUUAAGUUCAUGCCCACAUGCCAUACACCUCUCUCAGUAAACCUGGCACCAGUGUAUGAUAUAAUACUACCAGUAACUAGGGACUAUACACCACUUGUACCUUUACCGUCCUCCUUUGAACUUACCUCGGCUCCAUAUGGCGUUACCUACUUACCUAAUAAUCAGCUAGCAGUCACGCUACAGGAGAAAAAGGUCGUAUUAUUAGAUGCUAGCACAGGAGAAAAGAAAGGAGAGGUAUACAGCAACUUUGUCCGGCCUUAUUUAAUGGCCGUUGACCGCGAGAGCCUUUGGAUAACGGACAGAGAAGCUCACAACAUUCACUGCUACUCACUCAGCAAUCACCAGAAGAUUGUACACUUUGGCACACGUGGGAAUCAGCUCGGACAAUUCCUCCAUCCGCGAGGUAUAGCCAUACAUCCCCUCAACGGGAACCUCUACAUAUCAGACAUGAAGAAUAACAGAAUACAGGUACUGAAGCAAGAGAACGGAUCCCUUGUACCUUUGACUAGCUUUGGAAGGGAAGGGCGAGGAGAGUGUGAGUUCGAUCAACCUGCCGGCCUAAUAUUUAAUCACGAGAACAAACUCGUUGUAUGUGAUGACAGAAACGGCCGAUUACAAGUCUUAACUGACGAAGGACAAUACGUAACCAGUUAUGGCGUGACACUUGGUCAAAAAGGAGUCCUUUGUUCACCGAUUGGGAUUUCACAGGAUCCUCAUGGAAGAUAUGCUGUUGGAGAAUUUGGUAGUCACCUCGUGACAGUACUGGACACAGAAGGGAAGGUUCUCUCUUGCACUCGGUCUUUGGGGAGAGACGUGGGGUCACUCUUACAUCCGAGGGGCGUGGCAAUCGACAUGAGUAGUAAUAUUUAUGUUGCAGACUAUGGCAACAGACGAAUUGUAAAAAUGUAGAGUUUUUUUGGUACAUGUAUAUAUAUUUUAUAUUAAAAUAUUUAUAAUAAUCGUUAGUACACUGUGUGUAUUUAUUUACUAGUAAUCACUAUUUUGUGUAUU